AUGGCAUUACAUGGCCGCCUCCCGCGGCGCGGCCUCUGCGCGGCGCCCUGGGCGCUGGCGGGCGCAUCGGCGAGCGGGUUGCUGUGCAGCUACUCGGCGCCGGCGGGGAUCGAGGCAGUGCAGGAGGCGUCGGCGUGGUCCCUCGGGCGGGCCUGCGCCCUCCGCACCAGCGGGGACCAGUCCGCAUGCAGGUGGAGCGUCGACGCGUCGACCCCGUCGGACGAGUGGGAGGUGGAGGCCACGCUGCAGCGGGGCGGGGGUGCUGUGUGCGCGGUCGCGUGGUCCUGGGACGGCUACGGGGCACUCACAGGGAGCAGCGACGGGUCCGCCUCCGUAUGGAGGAUGGCGAGGAUCGGCAGCUCUAGGUGGGAGCUCGCGGCUGCGCUCGUCGGCCACAGUGGGGCCGUGCGUGCCUUGGCUUGGUCUCCUGACGGAGCCGCAGCGCUCAGCGGCGCCAGCGACGGCACCGUCAGGAUGUGGCGGCAGCCAGAGAACACCUCGGGCGCCUCCAGUCAUCGCUCGACCUGGCCCACCACGUCGCACCUGGACGUGGCGGCUGGGUCUGGGGACGUGGUCUGGGCGGUAGAGUGGCUGGGCACGAACUCCACGAGGGCCGUCGCAGGCAGUAGCGACCGCACGGGCUGCAUGAGCGGUGCCAGCGCGUCCGCGGCCAGGCCGUCCUUCUCGUCCUGCGCCUCCGGCUACCGAGCGCACGGGACGACAGAGCAGCGGAGCUCCUACGACCGCACUGGGCGCAUUUGGGCCGCCGACGGCGCCCGAGCACCGGCGCGGUGGACCGCCCAGGCCAGGCUGCAGGACAGGUUCCGCCACUCGCACCUCGUCCUUGGCGUGGCCCUGUCGCCGGACGGGGAGAGGGUGCUCACGGGCAGCCUCGACGGCCUCGCUCGGGUCUGGCACGCGGGGGGCGUGGCCGACGGCAUCGGGCGAGACGGGACCGCGUGGGAGCUGAUCGCGGUGCUGAAGGCCCACUCCGACGCGAUCUGGUCCGUCGCCUGGGCGCCGGACGGCGGGCGCCUGCUGACGGGCUCGGCCGACGGCGUGACGCACGUCUGGGAGCCGGAGGGGUCUGGCGACGGGCAGUGGCAGGUGGCUGCCACUCUGCAGGAGAUCCAGUGCUUCUUCACGGCCAACGACAGGGUGAGCUCGGUGUACUACGGCGGCCGCGACGUCACGGGCCUCGUCGUCGGGGACCUCUCCGACUGGACCGUCGCCAAGGAGCUGACCGUCAGCUCCCUGCCCGGGGCCUACUUGGUGAUCACGGCCUACAACCACGAGCCUCGUUCGUGCAGCACUGGUGCAUUCGCGAUCUCCUGCAGCAACGGUGUCAGCAGCUCCACGGACGGCUGGGAGGCACUUGGCUCCAGCGAGAAUCUCAGCUCUGCGCUGCAGGCUGGAGGCGGGGACAACUGGAGCGCACCCUGCAGCUCGCAGUCCAACUUCCACCUGCCCGUCGCCGCCGUCUGGAAGGACGCGCGCGGCAGCCGCCCCGCCCGGAAGAUCUUCGCCUCGGAUGCGGCGCACGCGGCCUUCCGCAUCCGGCUGGCCACGGAGGCCGCUCGGGGCACGGCGGCCUUCGGCCACCGCGUCGCCUCGGCCGUGAGCCCCGCCGGCGUCGCGGCGGCCGACUUCGGCAGCAGGGUCACGUCCGCCGGGGCGGCCGACGGCACCCUGCGAGAGCUGCAGCGCCAGCUGGUCGUCACCCCCGCGAGCGAGGGCGUCAACUUCGUCCGGCCGGGGGGCGAGGAGGGGCGGCCUGCCGCCGCCUGGACGGCGGCGUGGGCGCCCGACGGGAGGAAGCUGGUCACUGGCGGCAGGGACGGCAGCGCGAGCGUGUGGUACCUGGUGGCGGAGGAGCCCAUGCUGUGGCGGCUGGGGGCGGUGCUCCGGGGGCACGCCGGGGAGGUCUGGAGCGCGGCCUGGUCCCCAGACAGUGCACGGCUGCUCACGGGCGGCGCAGGGCCGACGCCGGCGCCCGCCGCGCCGCGGCGCGCACCGCGCACGAUGGGCGGCCGCCGGGGCGAGAAGAGGCCCCGCGGCGGCGGCGGCGCGGAGCGCGAGGGGGAGGACGAGGCGGAGUCCCUGGCGGCUGAGCUGCAGCUGCCCCCCGGGCUGCCGGCCCUGCAGGCUGACGCCGUGGGCGCGGCCCUGGAGCGGUGGGCCUCCCUGAGGCCCCGCGUGGAGGCGCUCAGGCCUGCGCUGCAGCAGGAGGACCGGCUCAUGCAGGAGAUCCUGGACAGGGGCCUCGGCAGCGAGGACCGCAAGACGCUGCGCAAGCUCGCCAGCGGCUGCGGCUCGGAGGCCGAUGCGGAGGCCCAGCACGUGGCGGCGUCCAUCGCUGGCGACGGCGACGUCGAGCGGCUGCGCGAAAUACUCUCGCAGAACCAGCGCGAGCUGCUGGCGCUGUCCACGGCGACCGCGCCGGAGAACAAGAGGGAGCUCCUGGCCGAGAUGGAUGCCGUGAUCGACGAGCUCCGCCGCGCGCAGGACGAGGUGCACGGGCAGCUCCUCGCAGCGAAGGGGAGGACCGAUAUGGCUGCGGUGCGCGUGGCGGGGAGGGCGCUCAACGACCUGAAGGCCUUGACGCGGCGGCUGGACGGCGAGAAGCGAGGCCUCAACAAGAACUCGGCGCUCGCGGCGCUGCUCGUCACCGUCUGCCGGCGCGUGCUGCCCGCGCGCCAGGUCGACCCCUCCGAGCUGGGGUCCGUGCCGCCCUCGCACGACGGCUACCUACAGAUCCUGGACUUCUACUUCUUCUCCGACGCGGGGCAGUACUGCUUCGGGGAGCACUUCUCGGGGCCGAACUGGUUCACGCGCCUCAAGAGGAACAUGGCGAUCCUCGCGGUAGAGGACGCCUCCGGGCGCGGCAUGUACCGCCUUCGCCGUGAGCGGCGAGCACAAGACUCCUGGGGCACCGCAGGCGCCCAUCUCUGGCCCCCUGCGGUCCAUCGAGGCCGAGGACGAGCACGGAAGGGUGUUCGACCGGCGCCACGACGCGGAGUUCAAGAUCAUCGGCCCUCACGGGGCUGUGCACGGCGUUAGAUGCGGAGGCGGGCCGCCCUGGCGCUCCGCAGGCGGGCCAGGGCGUCAGGGCCGUGCUCUGGUCGAAGAAGCCCCUGUGCCGCAGCUGCGUGGGGGCGGUGCAGCAGGUGCAGGGGCGCUUUCCCGCGCUCAAGCUCCUGGAGGUUGUCGUGGGGGAGUCUCGCCGCGUCGACAGUGACAGAGUCGAUGCGAGGAGCGGGCUCGAGGUAGGUGCAGGUGGCUCAGAAUCCACGCCCGAGCUUGCACUACAAAGCGUAUCAUGUCCUGUCUUGCUCUCCUGCUCGUCCACCUCCUUCUCCACCCUCCUCGACUGCUCCUCCUCUUCCUCCUCCUCCUCCUCCUGAU